CCUCGAACCUUUUUCCUCUUUCGCUCGCUCCGCCCUCUCUUCCUCUUAAAUUCGCUUCCGUUAAUUUCUUCUACGACCUUCUUUUUUAAGAGGAACCGGUUCAAGUUUUUGAGGAGGUGUUUCGUCGUCACGUCCUAUUUCUCAUUGAAUGAGUUAAUUGCUCUCUCGUGAGAAAGGAGGAGAAGAAGAGGGAACAGUGAUAGCGUAUCAGAGAUGCGAAAGUCCUUCAAGGAUUCCCUCAAAGCUCUUGAAGCCGACAUUCUCUUUGCCAAUACUCUUGCUUCUGAUUAUCCAAGAGAAAGUGAUGGAGCCUGCUUACAGAUGAGAUUGUCUUAUAGUCCAGCUGCUCAAUUCUUUCUUUUUCUGGUUCAGUGGACUGACUGUCAUCUUGCUGGAGCCUUGGGAUUGCUUAGAGUUCUCAUAUACAAGGUAUAUGAGGAUGGGAAGACAACCAUGUCCAUUUAUGAGAGAAAAACCAGUCUGAAGGAUUUCUAUGGUGUGAUCUUUCCCUCUUUACUUCAACUCCACAGAGGAGUCACUGAUGUAGAAGAAAGAAAACAGAAAGAUUUAUUUGCUAAAAAGUACAUGCACAAAGAUAUAGUAAGAAAAGGAAAACUAUCUGAAAUUGAUAUUGAGAGAGAAGAAGAAUGCGGUAUUUGCAUGGAGAUGAACAACAAGGUUGUCUUGCCCAAUUGCAACCACACUUUGUGUAUGAAAUGCUUCAGGAACUGGCAUUCAAGAUCUCAAUCUUGCCCUUUCUGUCGGGAUAGUCUUCAAAGAGUAAAUUCUGGUGACCUUUGGAUCUACUUGAACAGCAAUGAAAUAAAUGACUUGGCUUCAAUCAACAAGGAAAAUCUAAAAAGACUAUUUGCAUAUGUUGACAAGUUGCCUCUGAUUGUGGCAGAUCCUUCGCUAAUGUCUUAUCCUCAGCGCUAAUGGUUUUUACCCGAUUACUUUGAAUCUGCGUGAGCAGCUGAAGAAUUUAAUUAGGUUGCUGAUGUACAUUGAUAAAUUGCCUCUCAUGGAGCCAGAACCCGUACUGAUGUGUUAUUCUCAGCACUUCUGAUUUUCCUUUAGUCAUAGAUAAUUUUUACUUCAAAUUCCAUUCUGCAUUUGAUCGUCAGUUUGUUCAGGAAUGAUUCCAAAUGUAAAUACAUGUUGACUUCAUAGUGAAAUAAUAACUUAUUAUCCA